AUGUCCCAUCAUAUUUUCCACAUGGUCUCAGAUCUCUACGCCACUCGUAAACUCUGCCCUUUUGCCCGGAUCAAAUCCCGAAGGGAAACCAAGAGACUGCUACUAUUUUACUCUGGAUGUACCCUACCUACCUUAUACCGCUAG